AUGAUAAGUAAACUUAUAAGUGGGAAUGGUAGGGCCAGGACCCUUUUCCCUUUUGUGUCUAGCUUAACUAGUAACAAAAGAUUUCAAACGACAAUGCCUGCAAUUCUGAAAGAAGACUUACCAGAAACUGUUACCAUUAUUCCAACGAUUUCUGAAUUAACUAAACUUGGUGAUUUUUCAAAUGAUAUAGAUGUGUCAUUGGUUGGCCAUUUACAAUCUCGUUACUUAGUUGAAUCUAUAACGCAUGAUGAUUUAUUUAAGUGGACAGAUCCAUCCUCAGAAAAGAGGUUCAAGUUAUACUGUGGAGCUGAUCCAACUGCAGAGUCUUUACAUUUAGGAAAUUUGUUGCCGUUAAUGGUACUACUUCAUUUUAAUUUGAGGGGUCAUGAUGUAGUGGGGUUAGUAGGUGGUGCUACUGGUGCUGUUGGUGACCCAAGUGGCCGUACGACCGAGAGAACUCAGCUAGCUGAAGAGAAAAGACUAGACAAUGUAAAUAGAAUUCAAAAUCAGUUAUCCAAUUUUUUAAAGCAAGGUGUUGAGUAUGCGAAGUCAAGAAACUUUCCUAUUCAAAAGCAAGGUCAAAUAUUUACAGAAAACAACGCCAAGUGGUGGGAAUCCAUUAAGAUAUUAGACUUCUUAUCUACCUAUGGGAAACAUAUUAGAGUGUCCGCUAUGUUGGGACGUGAUUCUAUUCAAUCAAGAUUAAAAUCUGAGCACGGGUUGGGGUUUAAUGAAUUUUCAUAUCAGGUAUUGCAGGCAUAUGAUUUUUGGCAUUUGUUCAAAAAUGAAAAAGUGAAUUUACAAAUAGGCGGAAAUGACCAAUGGGGUAAUAUUACUGCAGGUGUUGAUUUGAUUUCUAGGUUACAGAAGCAUUUUAAUAGGGUUUCAAAACCUAAAGACAAAAUAGAAGAACCAUCAUUCGGAAUGACGGUUCCAUUAUUGACAACUCCAACUGGUGAAAAGUUUGGAAAAUCAGCGGGAAAUGCUAUAUUUAUAAAUGAAAAGUUAACUACACCUUACCAGUUAUAUCAAUAUUUUAUUAAUACUCCGGAUGAAAUAGUUGCCAAACUCUUGAAAGUCUUCACAAUUUUACCAAUGGCUACGAUCGAAAAAAUUGUUCAGAAGCAUAAUGAGGAUCCAGGAAUAAGGGCAGCACAGAGAAUUUUGGCUCGUGAAGUAACCGACUUGAUCCAUGGUAAUGGAAUGGGAGAUAAAAUGGCCUAUGUAACAAGCUUUUUAUUUCCUACACCUGAUCAACCCUUCAUUGAUGAUAUUUCGGCUAAUAAAUUAAUUAGCGUAUUUGAAAAAUCAGGAAUAUUGGUGAGAUUUAAAUUCGAUGAUUUUAAUAUUGAUGAUUUAAAAUUAAGUACCUUGUUGGCGAAAGUGAUGAAAAAAUCAAAGACUGAAACCAAAAACUUGAUUGCAGCAGGGGGUAUUUAUUUGGGGCUUGAUAGGAACCAACAUAUUGACCCGGAAGAUGUGGUCUUAUUCGACAAAGAUCACUUAAUUGAUGGAAAAUUAUUACUUGUUAGAGCUGGAAAACAAAAUUACUACGUUGUUGAAUUCAGCUGA